CUUCCGGGGCGGUGGCGAAGGCAAGAUGGCGGCGCCCAUGGAGGUGGCCGUGUGUACGGACUCGGCGGGCCAGCUGUGGAGCUGCGUCGUGUGGGAGCUGCACUCGGGCGCCAACUUGCUCACCUACCGCGGCGGCCAAGCGGGGCCCCGCGGCCUCGCGCUGCUCAACGGCGAGUACCUGCUGGCGGCGCAGCUGGGCAAGAACUACAUCAGCGCCUGGGAGCUGCACCGCAAGGACCAGCUCCAGCAUAAGAUCAUGUGCCCAGGGCCCGUCACCUGUCUGACCACGUCUCCCGACGGCCUCUACGUCCUGGCCGGCAUCGAGGAAAGCAUACACCUAUGGGAGGUCUCCACAGGGAACCUCCUGGUCAUCCUGAGCCGCCACUACCAGGACGUGGCGUGUCUACAGUUCACGGGGGAUGGCAGUCACUUCAUCUCGGGGGGCAAGGACUGCCUGGCGUUGGCCUGGAGCCUUUACAGUGUGCUUCAGGCAGACCCCUCCAGGAUCCCAGCCCCCCGGCACGUCUGGACACAUCACACCUUGCCCAUCACAGAUCUGCACUGUGGCUUUGGAGGGCCACUGGCCCGGGUGGCCACAGCCUCGCUGGACCAGACGGUGAAGCUCUGGGAGCUGUCCUCGGGGGAGCUGCUGCUCUCUGUGGUCUUCGACGUGGCAAUCAUGGCGGUGGCCCUGGACCUGGCUGAGCAUCACAUGUUCUGUGGUGGCAGUGAAGGCUCCAUCUUCCAGGUGGAUCUCUGCACUUGGCCCGGGCAGAGAGAGAAGAGCUUCCAGCCGGAGCAGGAGAGCGGAAAGGUUUUCCGAGGGCACAGGAACCAGGUGACCUGUCUAUCUGUGUCCACUGACGGCAGCCUGCUGCUCUCGGGCUCCCACGACGAGACUGUGCGGCUGUGGGACGUGCAAAGCAAGCAGUGUGUACGCACCGUGACCCUCAAAGGCCCCGUGACCAACGCGUUCAUCAUGCUGGCGCCUGUGACCAUGCUGAGCUCCGACCUCAGGCCCAGCCUGCCGCUGCCGCACUUCAACAAGCACCUGCUGGGGGCCGAGCACGGGGAUGAGCCACGCCGUGGGGGUCUCACGUUACGUCUGGGCCUCCACCGGCAGGGCUCAGAGCCCAGCUACCUGGAGCGGGCAGAGCAGCUCCAUGCAGCCAUGUGCAGCACAAUGGAGAAGAGUGUCCUGGGUGGCCAGGACCAGCUGCGCAUCCGUGUGACCGAGCUGGAGGAUGAGGUGCGUAACCUGCGCAAGAUCAAUCGCGACCUCUUUGACUUCUCCACACGUGUCAUCACCAGGCCGACCAAGUGAGCUCGGCGUGGGAGGCCGCGCCUGCCGGGACCCUAUAGGACCCCAAGGCUGUGCUCCAGGCCCCGAGCAUUCCUCUUUGCUGUUUUUUGUAUUUUGCUGAGUUUUUUACUCUGGAGGUCAGGUUGGGUUGUCUCAGCAUUGUUCCCGUGGCAUCUUUUGUACGUGUUGUUUCCUGUUGGUGCUGUUCUGAUUUUUAAGAAAAGACGAUGUAAAUGGC